AUGCCGAUUGGGGAGAUGCUACCGGACGAGAAGAAGGGCAUCCCUGGGCAACCGGAGCUGGAGGGGGCCGAGAUUAAUGAACUGGAUGAUACAUCGAGACCGCAGGAGCUGUCUGCUGGUGAUUAUGGUGGUGCUAGAGGUGCAUCUAUCGGCGGCUGGGAUUCCCGGAAGGAAGGGAUCCGGGCUGGGCGUGAUGAUGGUGUGGCACUAGGCAACAGCAAGGAAGAAACGGUUUUUGAGCUUGAGGGAAAGCAGUGCAGCCACUUGACGGCGUUGAAGAAUGCUGAUAUGAGACCGUAUUCGAAUUGA